GAGUAUAAAUUUCCAGAACUUGGGCGGCCACUGCGAUUCCUCAUUAUUCGCCGCUGUGGUUCGCCUGUAAUGCGUGUUCAUAAUUGUGAACUUAAGCCAACCGGUCAUGCCAAAAUGCAUAACAGGAUGAGGCGGGGAGGACAUGGUUAUCCAGAAAUAUUUCCCUUGUUGUCCCGAGCCCACAAUCUUCUUUCCCUCCAUAUGUUUCUUAAACUCCGCAGCUGUUGUUCCAGCUUUGCCAAAGACGAUUGGGUCAUCUUGGACGUGGACUUUGGUGAUGGUAUUGCCGACUAGAUACUUGCGAAUGUAGUGGACAAUUCGUGCCACUUCGGCUAGCUCAGGCAUGAUUGCAGCAAUUUAAGACGAAACUUGAGGUGUGUCUGGAGGGCCGAUGUCUGUGUUAUAUUAAAUAUGAAUUUGAAUUUGAAUGACUGCGCCUGACCCUCAAUCGGUAUCAAGGUAAAAGUUUUGAUGCGUGUCUCCGAGCUUUGGGGGAGCGUAUGAUAGCCAAAUAUUGCUUAAUUUCGUCCAAAAAAAGCAUACAAAUCCUGAUAAAGUUAGGUCUAUUUGGGGAAAGCCAGUGAACAGAAAAUAUGAGGAAUAUCAGAAGCACUCUGGCUGCGCGGUGUUCAUAUCGUAUUUAUUGUACUCAAGGCAGACGGCAUCCAGGCUAAAAAGCUAGCAGGGAUUAGUCAUCACGGACAUGCAGAAUUAAACCCCAGCAUGGAUGAUCUGGAAUGGCAAGCUUGGGAGAUCCGGACCUGGGACAUAUCUGCGGUGAAUUCGAGAGUUUGAUCGAUUCGCCGGGUAUGAUGAGUCUUGCAGAAGAAUGGAUUUCUUCCGGCGGAGAGGAAAGAAAGUGGGACGCGUUCUUCCGCAACACGCAGUCAGGUGACCUGACGUCGUUAUGGGGCUCCAUGCAAUUUGCCGACAAUUUCCUAGCUAAAUAUUUAAAUAUUCUUGUUACAUGUUUCACUACAAUAUAGAAAAAAGUCAUUGGGGUUUUUAUUUUUGAAUCAAACGCAACUUCAAUGAUCUCCCGGAUACAACAAAAUCCAACCCGCAACUAGCCAGCUAUCAACAGUUCGAGCUAUCACAAACAGAUUCAUGCCGGAGUGGUUUUGGGCUAAGCUAUCUCCCUCAGACGACCAACCGUUGCCACCGGCAAAAGGGGAAAUGUCCCGGGCUCCUUCUCAGCCAACUCUGUCUCCGCAAUUCUGUUUCAACGAGCGGGCCCUUCGAGACUUCCUCCGCAUUUCCCGAUCCACAAUAGACGACUCCAUUACACAAAAUCUAAAUGCCCUCCUCACCCCAGCACAGAAAGGGUUCGACCCUAGUAUGACAACUACCCGACAAACAGAUUUGGGAAAUAAGGGCCAGAUAGAGCCAGAAAAAUGCCGCUCGUUCCAAAAUGAUGUUCUCUUCCCCUCCUGGCAAAACCGCUCCGACGUCCUGAAUUACUGCGCUGGCGUGGCGACGAGUCCUGACCCACACGACCCAGAUCUCCUACUGCGCCUGGGGGAAUCAGCAAAGGAUAGAGAGAGGGUGGUCGACGAGCGAUUGGAUCCGUAUUCGGCCAGAUUUUUCCCGCGCGAAUCCAGGACGGAAUCGCUAGCUAUGUUGCUGAGAAAUGAAAGGGGGGUUGAACGCAUUAUACGAUCGAGGACGUGGGGUUUGGUUACGGAGCGAUGUGGUGGGGGAUCUGUAACCUGGGAGGAUGCAUUAGAUCUCUGGCGGGAGGAACAGGAUCGGAAGCAAUGACCGGUGCCCAUCCGUCCUUGUGGGUUUGUUGUGUGACAGACGUCAACUCUGCAAACACUACCAUCCAUCUAGUGGACGGGGACAGUUUCAAAAGUGUGGUAAAGAAACGAAAUAAAAGGAGGCUAUAGGGUUCUUCUACCUGCGGUCUUUUUUGUCAUACGAGUCGGCAUACAAAGGAUGAUUCAUGUAUGUGGUGUACAGAUAUCCUGGCUCGGACAGGGGGGUAAAUGUAAACUACUGUAUAAAUUCUCACUCAUGUGCUUCUGGGUUAGGUAUUCAUAUUAGACACAAUAACUACUUCUGCAAUCAUAGCUACCAGGGAGAGGCCAUACUCCACUUUCCUAUAUGUUCUCCAGCUCAAAGAUCACAAAUUGUUACGAUUGAAACUUACUGCACGAAAUUUCAACUCGCAGUUCUAAGCGCCUGCCUCCUUUCCAACUCUCUCUUCCUUAGCCCUCUUCGCCAGUUAACUUCAUCCGGGCUAAGAAUCCAUCACUUGGGAGGCAAAGUGAUCUCCAGAUUGGUAAGGGUGUCAGAGAUGUAGCAACACAGGCCUCCGGCAGCAGAUUUUUGGACAGAGCCAGGACCUAACAACGCGCUCUCAG